CAUCCACUGACCGCCAUUUUGAUUUCCCAUCAUCCUUAUCGGGUAACAUGGCGGAAAGUGUUUGAUGUGUUGACAUCUCCACAUCAUCAUCAUGCCAAAAGAACCCAAAGUGACGGGUCUGUCCCCCAAUGAGGGACCUCCUGGGACGAAGGUCACCAUCCGAGGGGAGAACCUCGGGACGGGUGCAACAGAUCUUACUGGUCUGACGAUAUGUGGUGUGAACUGCCUGCUGACUGCUGAGUGGGUGUCGCCCAGUAAGAUCACCUGUAAGACGGGGCUGUGUAAGGGGAAGGGUGAGGUCAUCGUCACCACCCGCUCAGGUGGGCUGGGCACCUGCACCGUCACCUUCAGGGGAUAUGUCAUGCAAACAGGACCACUGGAGGAGUCAGCUGUUUGGAUAGAUGAGUCCACUACGACAGACAAGAGGGGGAGGUCCAAGUCUUCAUCCGCCCUCUUCCGAAAAAAUGAGGAUCCCCUUGGAAUGUCUAUGGAGGGGAAAGGCAAGUUUCCCAUUGAUCAGCUGGAAGAGAUGUUUCCAGAAGGAAGUGGCGAUCCAUCCAAUGAAAAGUUCCUGUCUGAAUGGUUUCUGAUAGAGAACCACCAUCACACAAGUUUUGAUGACCUGAAAACUGGCCUGUCCUACCUGAAGAGGAAGUCCAGUCAGCGGUCGGAGGGACCCCUGGCCUUCAUGAAGGGGAACCUCACCUCCAUCAUGGACUGUCAGGACGCUCUGGCUGCUCAGCAGGGGCAGUGGAUGAAAGCCACGUCAGCACAGGACCCUAUGCAUCAAGACCUGUUGAAAGACGAGAGCACCAGUGAGGGCGGGUCUAUCACUGAAAAACUGGAGACUCUUCUUAACAAUGCCAAUGACAAGGCUAAUGCCAUGUACCAGGAUGUGCUGGGCAGGAAGGACAAGGCAGACGCCACUCGGAAUGCCCUGAACGUACUGCAGCGCUUCAGGUUUCUCUUCAGUCUGCCUGGCAGCAUUGAGAGGAACAUUCAGAACGGUGAUUAUGACAUCGUCAUCAAUGAUUAUGCCAAGGCCAAGUCCCUGUUUGCCGACACUGAAGUCCAGGUGUUCAAGAGAGUGUAUCUGGAGGUGGAGAAGCAGAUUGAGACAUUCCGAGGUCAGCUGACAGAAAAGCUGAUGCAGCUUCCCUCUAGUCUGGAUGAGCAGAGCAAACUCAUCAGAUACCUGAUGGACCUGGGAGAACCUGGUGACCCUGCCUGGGACUGUCUGGUCAACCAGCAGAAGUGGCUGCUGCAGUUACUGUUCAGCUGCAAGGAGGAGCACAUAAAGCAAGCCCAGACCAUCCCGUCAGUGGCAGGUUCAGAAGGUGACACCCCCUCAUCACACACACCCCUGAAGUACAGGCCAAGUGUGGGGACACCAGGAUCUGUCUUCACUCCAGGACACUCCAGUGUGAAGAGGAUGCCCAGCUUCGGUUCUACCCAGUCUCCAGACCAGGCAGGCUGGAAAUUCAAGACACCCCAGAGGGUGCAGUUUGUGGACGAUCUGACAGACGUCCUUCUUGAGAACUUCCCGGACCUCUGGAAGCUUUGGGAGGGAUACUCUACUGGAAGUCUCCUGAAUGAAGCUGCAGAGAAAACUGAUGUAGCAAACCAAGAGAAGGAGUCAAAGUUCAAGAAAAUGGUGGAAGAAGUGAUGUCAGUCUACAGUAAGCUGUUGCGAGCGGCGUUCCUCCCCGAAACUUUGUCUUCACUACCAAAAGAGCAGAGGGCGAAAUAUGGGGUGUGGCCAGAGGGGAAGUAUGACAACAUGGCCCACUGGCUGCCACAGUUUGUCAGAACAAUAAGAUCAUGCAACAGCACCCUGUCUGGUAUGAACCUGCCUGAUGAGACUACUCAUGAUGUGAGAGAUGUGGCCCAGGAUACCAGAGUCCACUGUGUAACAACACUACUGCAACAGGCCACUGAAGAUGUGAAGGCCCUUAAUGACAGGGAGACUUGGACUGUGGAGAGAGAUGAUAGGGGUGGCAUCACCGCACUGCCCUUGUUAUUUGAGAACAUCAUCACAGAACUGAUCCAACACCUGAAGGAGGUGGUGCAGAGCAGGGCUGAGGAGUCAGAGAUUUUCAGAAGGGCAGACACACGGAUGAAAGUGUCCAAGCUUUGUGAAGACAUGUUGUCGGCUUUUGCUGACACCAUGGACCAGCUAGCUUUCAGAACAGAAAGUCAGGCAGAGGCAAUCCCGACGUCACAGCAGUCAUCAUCAGGCCAUAACGAGCUGACCAGUCCAUCAGAGCACAUCCCUCCAAUGGAACGCCGCCUGGUGACUGUGUUAAGCAAUUGCAGCCAUACGAGGGAAAAAGUCCUUCCAAAAUUGAUAGAUCUUCUAGAGAAGAAUGGAUAUCCCGAGGUGCAAAAAGUGCAAAAAGGUUGUCAGAGCUGUUUUUCUGCCCUGGAUGAGAAGCUGUUUGAUGCGUACCUGGAGCAGAAGGCGGACCCGCUGGUGGGGGCGCUGGAGCCGGGAGUGUACGCUGGGUACUUCAUGUGGAACGACUGUCUGCCUCCUAGAGGUGUGAGGAAUUAUGUGAAGGAAGCCCUGAUGAACCUGAUCGCUGUUCAUGCUGAGGUGUUUUCCAUCUCACCAUUGCUGGUGGAGAGGGUUCUGUCCCGACUUCUGCAGGCCCUGGCAGAGGAGAUGCUGAGGCUGAUGGAGUGUGUGACAGGCUGGAGCGCGGACGGAGCAAUUCAGGCACGUCUGGAGCUGUGUGCGUUACAAGAUGCUCUUGCACUGUACAAGACCCCAGAGUCCAGUAAAUCCUUCCAUGAUGCCUUGCAAAUGGUUCCUCCUGUGAAAAGUGCAGCAGACAGAAAAAAUCUAGAAGAACUUAUGAACAAGUUCAAGAGCAACAUGCAGUUGCAGCUAACGUGCUUUAGAAGUGACUCACUGAAGAGGACACUAGUCUGAUGACAUGUCUAAGAGAAAGUGUAUAGGAGUUGUUGUGGUGCUUACACUGAAGAUUAGAACGGAGCUGGUUGCAGUACCCUGAGGUUUUUCCAUACUUCUGAGAUCAAAUAGAGCUAGCCACAAUUUCUCAUUGUAUAUUGGUUGUGGUGACAUUUGAACUGCAAUAUCCAGUCAUAUUCUAAUAUCUUAAAUGUUAUGAAAUGAAUCAUAAAAAAGGUGGAUAUUUGCUGUACAUUUGUUAAUUUUUGUGAUGAAGAAAUACAGUAAGGCUUGUCUGUUGAUGUUUAGGCAUACAAAAUGUAGACAUGUACAUGUAAAGGCUAUUCAGGACUCACACAAAGUUUGACACUGAAGGUGAAAACCUCGUCAUGAGAAAUGGCAAUUACUUGAGUUCACAUAAUGAGGUUCCACAGAGGGUCACAAACCAACCAACACCGACACCCUGCAUAAGCCAGGGAGACACAAUUAUGACAGCACGUUGGUUUCUCUACCUUACGCCAGGCCGUACCUAUCCCAUCAUCCACCUGGUAGGGAAACGUAGAUGACAGGUUGCUGUGCUUAUUGGCACCUUGGGGUCAAACGUGAGCCACAGGUAGCACUUAUUAGAACUCCCCAGCUGCCGGCAGACGGGCCUGGGGAGGGCCGUAAGUGUGAGGUCUGUGACAUGCAGCUUAAAGGGAACAUGGGAAAUGGUCCUAAUCACCAUCCCAGGAGGAAUCAGCACCCAACUGAACUGCCAGGAGGGACUCAAAACAUGCAAGGGUUCAUCUUGUGCUUUUAUUUGUGGUGUGCUGCAGGAUGACACGUUUUAGGCCAUCGUGUUGUAACAGGUGUCCAGCCUUUCCAAGUAACACUCCAUCCCACAGUUGCUGCAGAACUCAUCACAAGCAGCAGGGGAUGUAACUUGUUACAUGCAAUUCGAAUGACAACUACAUUUUU